AUGGACAACGUUGAUCAACAAAACGAUGUUGAAGUACCUGAACAACAACAACAACUGUCACCAGAAGAGUUGACAAGACAAAGGAUACAAAAGAGAAAGGAGGAGGCAAAGAGAUUGAUAGAGGAAAGGAAAAAGAGAGACAAUGCAUCUGUUGAUAUGUCGAACGAGUCAAACAACACGUCGGGUGAUGGCGAAGAAGGUGAUGUCGCCAUAAAGAAGAAGUCAACACUCAAGCCUGUCAGACAACAACAACAGCAGCAGGUCAAUGACAAUGAGGAUGAUGAUGAAGAAGAGGUAGUCGUUGUAAAGAAGAAGAAGUCACAGGCUGCAUCAGUUGCGCCACCCGUCGCCGCAACAACACCAGGCCUGAGAGAGGACUUGGUACGCAAGGCUGUCACAUUCCUCACCAAUCCCAACGUCAAGAACACUGCACUUGGUCGCAAGGUUGCCUAUUUGGAGAAGCGUGGAAUGACUCCCGAGGAGAUCAAGGAGGCACUGAUGCGUCACGAGGAGUUAAAGAGUGGCGGAGGUAUCACGACAUCGGGUACCAACACCACCAGCAGCACACGCAGCACUGCAGGUGUGUCAUCGGCAACGCCGAGAAGAUCAACCACUGGCGUCGCCCCCUACACCUCGUCAUCAUCUUCGACUCAACUUCAAUCAUACCAGCCACAACAGCAACAGCAACAAGUCUAUCAGCCACAACAGCAACAACUACAACAGCAGCAACCAAUCUAUUCGAAUCAGAUGGCACAACCAAUGUAUCCAGGUGACAGACGUCAGCAGGUGUACGCAGCAGCCAACACAUUCUCAUGGGGCAACGUGCUAAUGUCGGUGACUGCGCUGGUCGGUGUCGCGUCUGGCCUGGCCUACCUCACGUCCAACUACAUCCUGCCAUACUUCCGCAAGGAGGGAGGCGCUUCUGGCGAGCAAGAGAAGAAGACCGAGAAGAAGAUCUCAGACCUGCAGGAGCAGAUCAACCUGCUGCAACAGGCCAUCGCCACACAGUCCAGCGAGUUCAAGGAGAUGAUGCAGCCGCUCAAGGCGCUCACCGAUGGUAGCUUCCAGAAGCAGGCCACCAGCGAAGAGAUUGGCGAGAUCAAACGAGAGCUCAACAACCUCUCUAGCCUCAUUGCCAACAGCAACAACAACGCAUCUCAAUCAUUGAUGACGCCCAUCCUUGAAGACUCCGACUUUAGGAUUCCUCCCUUGCCUUCAACAACUAGCUCGCAACAAAAUCAACAGCUUGGCGCAACUGGCGGAUCUCUCCACAUUAAGGGUGGUGGCGCCACUGGCGCUGCUGUCUCCAAGCAGCCAGCGAGGAGAGUGACUGGAGGCGUACCCCCACCCAUCUCCGUGGUCAAUCCCUACUCGAACCUGACUUGGAAGCCAAACAAUGAUUCACAAUCGACCAUACCAUCAUGGCAACAACAACAGCAGCGAGCUUCACCAAACACCACCAUUGGCGCAACCACCACCACUACAACGACGACCACCACCAACAGCUUGCCAUCGUAUUCUAGUCUUGGAAUGUCUCCUGCUUCAUCUCCAUCGAAACCAAAGAGUGAAGUCGUUGUCAAUGACUUUGACUCCAAGCCAACGACCAGUGUGACACCAACCAGCGCAGAUGUCGACAGUUUUGUCAACACAACAAACGUCGUCGUCGAACCACCUGCUCCUCAACCAAAGAAGGAUGACACUCCAUACUCAACAGACUUUGUUGACAUUAUAAAUCAAGUGAAACAGGGCAAGACUCCACCUGGCAUUCGCAAUGAUAUUAACAACACUCCAAUCAAUGGCGCAGUGAACAAAGGAGUGAAGGAGAGACCACUCAAGCCAUGGGAGAAGUCCAACACUUCUCUGUCUCCAAUGUCUCAAACUCCACCAUACGAGGACUCCACACCAAUUUUCGAACCGACACCAAUGACAACUGAUAGCUAUGUCGUCCCCUCAACAACAUCAACUACUACCACCUCGACCUCCACCACAAACACAUCAGACUCCUUGCCAAUACCUAUCAUUGAAGAUGAUGAUGAUGAGGAUGACCACCAUCACCAGAAGCAGCAAGAUAUUGUUGCCCCACAUAGCAGAGUCCUUGUAAAGUAUACAAGGCCACCAUGA